AUGUCGUCCCAAAAGAUUUGGCUGCGCGCCGAGACUAAGCCCGCUGAGGCUCGGUCUGCCCUCACCCCCACCACCUGCAAGGCAUUGAUGGAUGCCGGAUACGAUGUUACUGUUGAGCGCUCUACACAACGUAUCUUUGACGACGAGGAAUUUGCCAAGAUCGGUGCACGUCUCGUCGAGGAGGGAUCUUGGGUCAAAGAUGCGCCUAAGGAUGCUGUCAUUCUGGGUCUCAAGGAGCUCCCCGAGGAUGACUUUCCCCUCGAGCACGUCCACGUCACAUUCGCCCACUGUUACAAGCAACAAGGUGGUUGGGAGCAGGUUCUGAGCCGCUGGCCCCGUGGAAAGGGUCUUCUGCUAGACCUUGAGUUCCUCACUGAUGACGUUGGCCGCCGUGUUGCCGCAUUUGGUUUCUCCGCUGGUUACGCCGGUGCUGCCCUGGCCGUCAAGAACUGGGCUUGGCAAUUGACUCAUCCCAAUGGUGAGGCUCUGCCCGGUGAAGUGCCCUACGCCAACCAGGACCUCUUGAUUCAAUCUGUCUCAGAGGCUGUUGAGGCUGGCAAGAAGGUUGCCGGUCAUUACCCCAAGAUUCUGGUCAUUGGAGCUCUGGGACGUUGCGGCAAGGGUGCUGUGCAGCUGGCCAAGGAUGUUGGCAUUCCCGAGUCCAACAUCAUUCAGUGGGAUAUGGCCGAGACCAAGAAGGGUGGUCCCUUCAAGGAGAUUGUCGAAUCCGACAUCUUCGUUAACUGCAUUUACUUGUCGGCUCCCAUCCCCAAGUUCGUGACUGUCGAAUCCCUCUCCACCUCGGACCGCAAGCUGUCCGUUGUCUGCGAUGUCAGCGCUGACACCACCAAUCCCAACAACCCCGUCCCCGUCUACGACAUCACAACCACCUUCGACAAGCCCACCGUCCCCGUGACUCUUCCCGCUGGCUUCCAAAACCCUGCCCUCAGUGUUAUCAGCAUUGAUCACCUGCCGUCUCUGAUGCCGCGUGAGAGCUCUGAACAGUUCAGUGAGGCUCUGUUGCCCAGCCUCCUCCAGCUGAAGGAUCGCCAAACCGCGCGGGUGUGGAAGCAGGCCGAGGACCUGUUCAACGAGAAGGUGGCUACUUUGCCCGAGUCAUUGCGCGCUUAG